AUGUCGGAAUACCUCGCUUCCGUUCCUCACAAGGGCGCAUACGGCGAUGUCGAAGAUGACCGCAAGUCCGCCAUUCUCGACAUCAAGGAGGGCGAGGUCGAAGCCGAAGUGUCCGUCACUGAGGUCGACCAGGCUUUCGCUUCGCUAGUAGCAGCAGAAGAGAGCCACGAUAUCAAGCAUCGCACCAUGGGCUGGAAGAAGACGACAUUGCUCUUGUUCGGUGACCAGGUCUGUCUGGCCAUCAUGGCCCAAGCGUGGUCGUUCAAGGUGAUGGGAUGGGUGCCGGGUCUCAUCACCACCAUCCUUGCCGGCAUCUUCUUCUACAUCACCUCUUUGACCAUGUGGCGCUUCAUCAUGAGGCAUCCAGGCGUGCGAGACGUGUGCGACAUUGGUUACCUGCUCUUCAACAAAUCAAAGAUCGCUUACGAAGUCACGGGUAUCAUGCUCCUCCUCAACAACAUUCUCCUCAUUGGCUUCCACAUUCUCACUUUUGGCAAGAUUCUCAACACCCUGUCCGACCAUGGCACGUGCACCGUCGUCUUCACCGCUAUCGGUGCCAUCACUGGUAUUCUGAUGAGCUUGCCACGCACACUCAACCAUCUCACCGGCAUGUCGGUCGUCAGUGCCGUCUGCAUGGGAAUCGCCAUCAUCCUCUUCCUGGUCUUUGCUGGUAUCGAGGCGAACCCUCUGUACGGCUACGGAGGUACCUGGCCAGCUGCUGGAGACGUUGUGCGCACCACCGCCUUCCCACCCCCUGGCACCACUUGGGUCGAGUGCCUGCAAGCCGCUCUCAACAUCGUCUUCCUCUGGGUUCCUCAAAUCCUCUUCCCCACCUUCAUCUCUGAAAUGAAGAGGCCUCAAGAUUUCCCAAAGGCUCUCACCGCACUGGCCAUUCUCAGCUUCGUCCUCUUCAUCGUCCCCACUGUUCUUGGCUACCACUGGCUCGGACAGUAUGCAACCGCUCCGGCAUUCGGCAGUCUCGAGAGAGUCUACGUAAAGGCAUCCUUUGCAUUCGUCAUUGUUCCAACCCAAGUCAUCUCGGUCAUCUACAGCAAUGUCGCCUGCAAGUACAUCUACCAACGCAUCAUGCGCAACUCCAAGCACGCUCACAGCCACUCCAAGAUCGGAUGGGGCGUGUGGGCAGCAGUCACCACAGUGGUUUGGGGCAUCGCCUUCAUCUUUGGCUCCGUCAUUCCAUCCAUGGGAGACAUGUUGGGUCUUCUGGGAGCCGCCUUUGACUCUCAAUUCGGCUUCAUCUUUUGGGCACUCUGCUGGUACAGCCUGUAUCGACGCCAAGGUUUCUUCACCACUUGGACACGCACCGCCGGCACCGUGUUUCACAUCAUCGUCAUGCUCCUCGGCCUCUUCCUCCUCGGACCUGGUCUUUACGCCGCUGUCGAGGCCAUCAUCGUCGACUACGCUGGGCCCGUCAGACCAGCAUUCUCAUGCGCAAACCUCAGCCUCUAA